GGCCAUUUGACUGAGCUGGGCCGUCCAGAAUCAGCUUUUCCAGUUUCUUCAAACGGACUUCUCCCGACAUGAUUCCAACUGAAAUCAGGACACUGCCUUCCCCCCUUGCCUCCCCUGGUCGCUUGCCGUCUCGAGCUACAGCUUGCUGCUGCAGGCAAAAUCCCAGCUCAUCAUGGCGACCGUCACACUGCCGUCAGAGCAUCUGCUGUGAGCACCCACACCAGUGAUGGGCCAUACGUGAGAGACCCUGAUCAACUAAAAUGGCUCCCAGACAGACAGAAAUAAGCACACUGUUGCCAGACUGGGCUUGCUUUUACAUUGUCUGGUGGAAUGUACACAUUAGGGUGUGUAGACAACGGUUCUACUGAGAGGGUGCAGCCCAGGUUCACAGGGUCAGGGGCUGUCUGGAAACACGUGCAGAUGUAGACAACACAAGGGAGAAAAGUAAAUCCAAAUGCCUCUGGUGUAGAGAAAUAUAUAUGUAUAUACAUGUAUGUAUAUUAUAGAAAUAAAUAUAUACUACCAUGUAUAUAUGGUAGUAUGGAAAAGUAAUAUUGAGCCUCACAUUUGUAUUGACCAACAUUUUUCCAUAUUUUGUACUUUUUGGAAGCACAGGAACAGAAUGCUUAAUCAUCUCCUCAUGCAAAUUCAUAUGACUUGGAGUCUACAUGCAUGGUUCUGGGUCAAUUCGAUAUUAUCUAAUAAUGUUAUCCUACCGCCUUCAGAAUAGUUGUACAAGAUAGGGAGGUAUUUUAGUGUAAACAUAUGCAAAAUGAAUCACUAGCAUCACUAGACUUCACAUUAUUAUGGAGAAUUGUACUAAAGCGUUUUAGAAAAUUGUAGGUUAUACAUUACAUAAAAUCGCUAUAUGAUUCCACAGAAAUUGUUUUAAAUGACCCCACACAUGAAACGGGCACGAAACAUAAUUUGGGGAGAUGGUUGCGUUUGAAGUAUGGCACUUCUGAUACCGUGACCAGGACUUGGUUUAUAAUGUCACACCUUUGUUGAGAUAGCCUAUCGGUCCUCCAACCCCCUCCUCAAAGUGCAAACGACUGAAUGGGAGAGCCCAGGGCUUAUAAGGGCUGUCCCGUUGUCAGACUGCCACUGUAUUUUUCUGAACUACAUCGCUACUGAAGGCUACUCUCUUCUGGACGCCGCACAAUUGGAAGAUUUACGAUGGAUUUUCUCCGUGCUUGUGUUUUGUGCGCGGUUGCUUUGUUCGCCGUAUCCGAGGCGUUUACGCACAACGACAUGAAGGAUGCCAUGCUUCAAAAACUUGGGCUAAAUGAAGUUCCGAAAAUUCACAAAAGGGAUUUGGAGAAUCUUGUCAUCCCGACGCAUAUGAAGAAUAAGUAUCUAUCAAUGCUGAAGCUGCACCAUAACAGGCGGCGAAGGUCUCUGCCAAGCUUGGCGGGGAUCCUACGGGGGAUUCCAGGAAAUGCGGACAUUUCUGGUGAGUUUGUGUACUCAGACACUACUCGGCAACGGAUGGUCUUCGACAUGGAUACCCGCAUCCCCGACAACAGCGAGGUGACCAUGGCAGAACUUAAACUAUACAAGAAAGCCCCUUACAAACGUUCCAUGCCUGAUAGGAAGAACCACCGGCUGGUUUCUAACGCAAGAGUUUCCAUAUAUUGGGUGGAGAUGCUGGAGAAUGGCUCCAACAGAACAUUUUUGGUGGACUCAAGGUUGAUCCCCAUACAUGAAACCGGUUGGAAAAGCUUUGAUGUCACCCAGGCUGUUCACUAUUGGUCUAAGUCGCAGCAAAAAACACCUAUGCACCUGGAGGUGUGGAUCGAGGGCGAGAGACCUGGCAGCUACGCGGCAGACAUGGCCAAGAGUGUUCACUUUACCACCCAGGACCAAUUGCAUAACACCUUGGGAAAACCUGAGCUUAUCCUCUACACACUCAACCUUGAAGAGUUUGGGUCUCGAGGCGACUGUGAAAACAAUCCAGAUAAGGACACGUGUUGCAGAGAGAAAUACUUCAUCAAUUUCCGCGCACUCACAUGGACCCAGUACUGGAUCAUCGAACCCGCAGGUUACCAGGCCUACAGAUGCGCAGGGGGGUGCAAGCAGCCCAAGCGCAACUACGGGUACGGCGAGAGGAAGUGUACAAUCGCAGAGAGUGCCCCGCUGCCCAUGAUGUACUUAGUCAAAAAAGGCGACUACACUGAGAUAGAAGUGGCUGAGUUUCCCAACAUGAUCGUGGAGUCGUGUGCCUGCACUAUGGACAACAUAUCCAUAGUUUGAAGUCAAUCGUUGGGGACUUGGCAGAGCAUCUCCACCUUGACUUACAGUACUUUUGUAUUUAAAAUUUGAAUUCUCAGGGUGAGUUGUAGUGUAUGAGGGACAAUGGCAUAUCUCUUGAGAAACUUUAUUCAAGCACUUUAUAUUUUGUAAAUAAUUCAUCAUGUUGCUUUUGUACGAGUUGUAUACUGUAUGCAACUAAGAAACUGUCUGAUUUGGUCUCAGAUGUUAUAUUUUCAA